AAGAGGAGCUGGUGGAGGGGCUGACCCAGCACAGAAUCCCGGGCAGGCCCCCAGGAACGCAAAGCUGGGUCAGGCCGGUCCAUUUCCUCUUCUGUACUUCUUCCAUCAUUCGUACCCUUUCGCGAGCUCAGAGUCCUUCCCUGAGCCAGAGCAAGCUUUCCAGGCGGUCAAGGAAUCUUCACUCCGCUAAGUGAGCACUGCUUUCUCCUGGCGUCAGUGAGGGGCACCAGCCCGGGCACUGAAGCCGGAGGCAUCUGCACCCGGCGCCUUCGCCCGCCCUCCCGUCCUGACUGGCAGCUCCUGGUACUGGAGGCGGGGGAGUGGCUCCCAUCGCGCCAGUAACUGGGAAAGAAAGCCCCCAGGACAGGAGCCGGCGCUGGAGCAUCUGGAUGCUGGAGCCUGCAACCUGCGAGAGCUGAAGAAUGGAAAGCGGUCCGAUGCUUCUUGUCUUCUUGUGGCUCAUUGUGAAGAGCCUGCGGGUCUCAGGUUUGCCCACUGUUUCACCUGAUGCCCCAGUUCUCAGCCCACAAAAAGAUAUACUUACUGUAACGGCAAAUUCGAGUCUUCAAAUUACUUGCAGAGGCCAGAGAGACUUGGAUUGGCAAUGGCCCAACAAUCAGGGCAGUUCCGAUAAUAGAGUAAUGGUGACUGAUUGCUGGGACGGUCCCUUUUGUAAGACACUCACAAUUACAAAAGUGAUAGGAAAUGACACUGGAGCCUACAAGUGCCUGCACCGAGACAACGAUGUGAGCUCAAGCAUUUAUGUCUAUGUUCAAGAUUACAGAUCUCCAUUUAUUUCAUCAGUAAGUGACCAACAUGGUGUUGUAUACAUCACAGAAAACAAAAACAAAACCGUUGUAAUCCCAUGCCUCAGUUCCAUCUCAAACCUCAAUGUGUCACUUUACGCGAAGUAUCCAGAAAAGAGGUUUGUUCCUGAUGGUGAAAAAAUUUUCUGGGAUAGCAAGAAAGGCUUCACUCUUCCCAGCUACAUGAUAAGUUAUGCAGGCAUGGUCUUCUGUGAGGCAAAAAUCAAUGAUGAAAGCUACCAGUCUCUUAUGUACAUCGUUGUGGUCGUUGGGUACAGGAUUUAUGAGUUGGCUCUGAAUCCCCCUCACAGCAUGGAAUUGGCUGUUGGAGAAAAGCUUGUUCUGAAUUGUACAGCAAGGACAGAACUCAAUGUGGGGAUUCACUUUCAUUGGGAAUAUCCUUCUUUUAAGCCUGAAAUACGGGAUCUGAAAACUCCAUUCGGAAAUGAGCUUAAGGAAUUUUUGAGCACCUUGACUAUAGAGCAUGUAACCCGGCGUGAUCAGGGCUGGUACAUCUGUGAAGCAUCCAGUGGGCUGAUGACCAAGAAAAACAGCACAUAUGUCACUGUCCAUGAAAAACCUUUUGUUGCCUUUCAUAGUGGAAUGGAAUCUUUGGUGGAAGCCAAGUUGGGUGAACGGGUCAGAAUCCCUGUGAAGUAUGUGGGCUAUCCACCACCCGAAAUAAAGUGGUACAAAAACGGAAAAGCCAUCGAAAGCAAUCAUACAGUUAAAGUUGGCCAUGCUCUGACAAUUACAGAAGCAAGUGAGAAAGAUGCAGGAAAUUAUACUGUUCUCCUCACCAACCCCAUCACAAAGGCGAGACAGAGCCAUGUGGUCUCUCUGGUGGUGAAUGUUCCACCCCAAAUUGGUGAGAAGUCUCUCAUUGCCCCCAUGGAUUCCUACCACUAUGGCUCAAUGCAAACCCUGACAUGCACCGUGUAUGCUGUUCCUCCACCACUUGAUAUCCAUUGGUUUUGGCAGUUAGAAGAAGCAUGCACUUAUAACCCCGGGCAAGCUGGCUUAGUGACAAACCCCUACACCUGCAAGGAGUGGAAAAACAUGGAAGACCUAAAUGGGGGAAAUCCCAUUGAAAUAACAAAGAAUCAAUUUGUUGUGAUUGAUGAAAAAAACAAAACUGUAAGCACCAUUGUGAUUCAAGCAGCAAACGUGUCAUCCCUGUACAAAUGUGAAGCUGUCAACAAAGUAGGACACAGUGAGAGGAUUAUCCCCUUCCAUGUGACAAGGGGUCUUGAAAUUAAUUUUCAACCUGGAAAUCAGCCCACCGAGCAAGAAAAUGUGUCUUUGUGGUGCACUGCAGAAAAAUCCACAUUUGAGAACCUUACAUGGUACAAAAUCAGCCCAAGGGCUUCUCAGGACCACCUAGGAGAGCUACCCAUGCCUGUCUGCAAGAGCUUGGAUGCCCUUCUGAAAAUGAAUGCCACAAUUGUCUCCAACAGCACAAGUGACAUUGUGACCCUAGAGCUGCGGAAUAUAUCAUUGCAAGACCAGGGGGACUAUGUCUGCUUGGCUCAGGACAAGAAGACUAAGAAAAGACAUUGUGUGGUCAGACAUCUUACUGUGCAAGGGCGUGUAGCACCCAUGAUCACAGGAAACUUGGAGAACCAGACAACAAACAUUGGUGAAACCAUUGAAGUUUCUUGCUCAGCCUCUGGAAUUCCUCCUCCACAGAUUACAUGGUUUAAAGAUAAUGAAACACUUGUCGAGGACUCGGGAAUUGUAUUAAAAGAUGGAAACCAAAACCUAACUAUUCGUCGGGUAAGGAAAGAAGAUGGAGGUCUCUACACCUGCCAUGCCUGUAAUGUCCUUGGAUGUGCAAAAGCUGAGACUGUUAUCAUGGUAGAAGGUGCUCAGGAAAAGACAAACCUGGAGCUCAUUAUUUUGGUUGGCACAGCCGUGAUUGCCAUGUUCUUUUGGCUGCUUCUUGUCAUCAUCCUCCGGACCAUUAAGCGGGCCAAUGGAGGGGAACUAAAGACUGGAUACUUGUCCAUCAUCAUGGAUCCUGAUGAGCUGCCCUUGGAUGAGCACUGUGAGCGCCUUCCCUACGAUGCUAGCAAGUGGGAAUUCCCCAGAGACAGGCUGAAGCUAGGCAAACCUCUUGGUCGUGGUGCCUUUGGCCAAGUAAUGGAGGCUGAUGCCUUUGGAAUCGACAAGACAGCAACAUGUAGAACAGUUGCUGUCAAAAUGCUAAAAGAAGGGGCAACGCAAAGUGAACAUCGAGCCCUCAUGUCUGAGCUAAAGAUUCUCAUUCAUAUUGGCCACCAUCUCAAUGUGGUCAAUCUUCUUGGUGCUUGUACCAAGCCGGGAGGGCCACUCAUGGUAAUUGUAGAAUACUGCAAAUUUGGAAACCUGUCGACUUACCUAAGGAGCAAGAGGGAUGAAUUUGUUGCCUACAAGACCAAAAGUUCACGGUUCCAACAGGGAAAGGACAACUAUGUGGGGGAAAUCCCCGUGGACCCUAAACGCCGAUUGGACAGCAUCACCAGUAGUCAGAGCUCGGCAAGUUCAGGGUUUGUGGAGGAGAAAUCUCUCAGUGAUGUGGAGGAGGAGGAAGCUGCUGAAGAUCUGUGCAAGAACUCUCUGAGCUUGGAGCAUCUUAUCUGUUACAGCUUCCAGGUGGCCAAGGGCAUGGAGUUUUUGGCAUCACGCAAAUGUAUCCACCGGGACUUAGCAGCUCGAAACAUCCUCUUGGCAGAGAAGAACGUGGUCAAAAUCUGUGACUUUGGCUUAGCCCGGGACAUUUACAAAGACCCAGAUUAUGUCAGGAAAGGAGACGCUCGACUGCCUUUGAAAUGGAUGGCCCCAGAAACCAUUUUUGAUAGAGUAUACACAAUUCAGAGUGAUGUGUGGUCCUUUGGAAUUUUGCUCUGGGAAAUAUUUUCCUUGGGUGCCUCCCCAUAUCCUGGGGUAAAAAUAGACGAGGAAUUUUGCAGGCGAUUGAAAGAAGGAACCCGAAUGAGGGCCCCUGAGUACACUACCCCUGAAAUGUACCAAACCAUGCUAGACUGCUGGAGUGGAGAUCCCAAGCAGAGACCCACAUUUUCAGAACUCGUGGAGCAUUUAGGGAAUUUGCUACAGGCCAGCGCUCACCAGGAUGGUAAAGACUACAUUGUCCUUCCUAUAUCAGAAUCGGUGAGCAUGGAAGAGGAUUCCGGACUCUCUUUGCCGACCUCACCUGUUUCCUGUAUGGAGGAAGAGGAAGUGUGUGAUCCUAAAUUCCAUUAUGACAACCCAGCAGGAAUUAGUCAGUAUCUGCAAAGCAGCAAGAGGAAAAGCCGAUCAGUAAGUGUAAAAACAUUUGAAGACAUCCCUUUGGAACCAGAAAUAAAAGUAAUCCCAGAUGACAACCAGACUGACAGUGGGAUGGUUCUUGCAUCAGAAGAACUGAAGACACUGGAGGCCAGAUCCAAACUGGCACCACCAUUUAGUGCACUAAUACCCAGUAAAAGCAAAGAGUCUGUGACAUCUGAAGCUUCGAACCAGACCAGCGGCUACCAGUCAGGGUAUCAUUCUGAUGAUACAGACACCACUGUUUACUUGAGUGAAGAUACAGAACUCUUAAAUCCUGGGGAAAGUGAGACCCAAUCCUGCAGUGCACACACACUUCAACCUGACUCUUGGAUGCCGCUAAACUCACCUCCUGUUUAAAGUCAAAGAGUGGCCCCCAUCUCUCCACAACUGGAAAUCACAUGGAUUGUCCUGAAGAGUCAUGGCUCAGACAUUGGAAAGCUAUUGUUUCCUUAUCAAGGAAACAGCACAUGUUUGAUUUUUGUAAAAAAAAAAAAAUGAAAGACGACCUCAGUUACCAGGAAGCCAGUU